AUGUGUGUCUUUAACAAAUACAGACCUAAUAUCUAUCGGAGAUGUGUGGAGAAUGCCUUUGGGAUCAUGUCCGCCCGGUGGAGAAUUCUCCUCCGGACAAUCAACCUCCUGCCAGAGAACGUCGAUUACAUCAUCAAGUCCUGCUGUGUCUUGCCCAACUUUCUCUUGGUACACAGCGAACACCCAGCAGCCUAUGCUGAUCAGGACGACAACAUGGAAAACCCAACGGCAGGAGGGUGGCGCCGCGAGAUCCUAGACUCAGCGAGGGAAUUGCUGUUUCCGCUGGAGGCCACACGUGCACGGAACUUUGGCGAUGAUGCAGACUUCGCCAGGAAGAUGUACAUGUAUUAUUUCUGUAGUCCUGCUGGGGAGGUUUCCUGGCAGUGGGACCAGCCUGGCGUGAACAAACAGGUUGCACGAAGCAACCUGCGAAAGCUCGGAGUCCAUGUGAACCUCAUGGUAUCUCGCACGAAAUACAUUUGUUCGAAGUGUGGCCACGACAUCGGGUCUUCGACGUCGUCGGCGCCGGCACCGCUCGUGCUGGUUUUCUUCAUGUCGCGCAGCAAGCGCACCAGCUUGUCCCGGAGAGAUCUCCAACGUUUCUGGACUUUGUCCACUAAAAUAAAAAGAAGACUCAGAUUGAGGUCCUUACCUAUGCAUUACCAUUACCUAUGUCUUAUGUGUUGUUUGUUUUUCCUCUUAGGUUAA